AUGUCUGAAAAGAGCAGCCCAAUUAAAUAUUUCCUGUGUGGUGGUUUCGGUGGUGUUUGUACCGUUCUUUCGGGCCAUCCAAUGGACACAAUUAAAGUACGGUUGCAAACUAUGCCCCUUCCAAAACCGGGCGAGGUCGCUCUGUACGCUGGCACCUGGGAUUGUUUCAAGAAAACCGUUCAAAAGGAAGGCUUCCGCGGACUCUACAAGGGCAUGUCUGCGCCUCUAACUGGAGUUGCGCCAAUAUUUGCCAUCAGCUUCUUCGGUUUCGGUCUCGGUAAGAAACUCAUAAAGAAUGAUGAAGAACAGGUCCUAACGAAAGCAGAACUUUUCGCCGCCGGAGCAUUCUCUGGUAUAUUUACGACGUCCAUAAUGGCGCCCGGAGAACGUAUCAAAUGUUUAUUACAAAUACAACAGGGUGGUAAUGUUCCUCAAAAAUAUAAUGGUAUGGUUGAUUGUGCCAGGCAGCUAUACGCAGAAGGAGGUAUGCGUAGCAUAUACAGGGGAAGUGUUGCUACCGUAUUGCGAGAUGCACCAGCCAGUGGAAUGUAUUUCAUGACGUACGAGUGGCUCAAAGAAAGGCUAAUGCCUGAAGAUGCUAGUGCUAAGCUUAAAUUAUUAGUUACCACCGUGGCUGGAGGCUGUGCAGGUAUAGCUAACUGGCUGGUAGGCAUGCCAGCCGAUGUAUUGAAGAGUAGACUGCAAACUGCACCUGAAGGUACAUACCCAAAUGGAAUGAGAGAUGUCUUCAAACAGCUCAUGGAGAAGGAAGGCCCCACUGCACUGUAUAAAGGAGUAACCCCUGUGAUGAUCAGAGCUUUCCCAGCAAAUGCUGCUUGUUUUGUUGGUUUUGAGAUGGCUGUGAAGUUCUUGGAUUGGGUUGCACCAAACCUUUGAUAAAGUAAAGUAAUAGUAGCUAAAUAUUAUAGAGAAAUGUAAAGUAGUAGGUGUAAGGUUGUAGUAGAAUAAGCCAAUGAUAUCACAAACAUUAUUGUUCAAAAUGCUGUAAUACAUUGCAGCAGAUAAACAUAAACAGGUUCUAUACAUUAUAUAUUUAUAUACUCAUUUUUACAUUUUGUAUAAAUUAAAAGAAACGAACAUUAAACUAUUUAAAUAGCAAAGUUCUCUUUGACUAGUUAAUAUGCAAUACAAUAUCAUCAAAUGAAUUUUUAUUAUAAGUUAACAAUCAAUGGUACUAUUUAAUUAAAUAAUAUUUAAUUAUUGUUUUGUGCCUUUGACCAUGAAUAAAUAAAUAUAUUUUU